AUGGCAAUAGAAAACAAACCUGGGGAGGAAUUUGACACAGUUUUCAGUCGAAAUGACUCCUUGGAGCUCUCCUCUCAUCACGACCACGACCCUUCGCACGCUCGGAUAUUUAAGAUCAUAGUUAUCGGAGAUUCAAACGUGGGGAAGACGUGUCUGACUUACCGGUUCUGCGGGGGCACUUUCCUGAAGAACCCAGAGGCAACUAUCGGGGUCGAUUUCAGAGAGAGGACGGUGGAGCUGGAUGGAGAGAGUAUCAAGCUGCAGAUUUGGGACACAGCAGGUCAGGAGCGUUUCAGGAAGAGCAUGGUGGAGCACUACUACCGCAGCGUUCACGCCGUCAUCUUCGUGUACGACGUGACCAGCCUCUCCUCCUUCAAGAGCCUCCCCGAGUGGAUUGAAGAGUGCAGCCGACACUCUGUGGGGCCGCUGGUGCCUCGCAUCAUGGUGGGCAACAAGUGCGACCUGAGGGACCGCCGGGAGGUCCCCACAUCGGCUGCACAGUGUCUUGCUGACAGCUACAACUUCCCACUGUUUGAGACUUCAGCCAAGGAUCCUGCUGAGAAGGAACAUGUCGAUGCUAUCUUUCUGACUUUGGCUUACAGGCUGAAGAGCCACAAACCACUGAGACUAAAGCAGCCGAGUCAGAACGAUGUCAGGCAUCUGUGGAACCAGAGAGAGCAGGGAUCAGCAACUUGUCAGUGCUGAGGUCACUUAAAUACUAUAUCUGUGUACUCAUUGUGUAUGGAGGCCACUGAAGCCUUCAGGAGUAAUAAUGGUGCUGAGAAAAGCACUGUUGAACAGAGCUUUCUAUCAGUAAGACUAAACUGAGAAAGCCCUCUUAUGUUUGUAGGAUAGACAGGACAGAAGCUUCCUAUUUUACAGUUUUCCCUGUCAGAUAUAAGGCCCAGCUAGUGACAGGAUUGGCCUUUAAGUUUGCACAUUAUUGAAUUUCAAUGAAAUGCAUGAAUGGAUGUGAAGGUAUGCCGAGUAUUUGUAGCUUAAACUGCACAUAAAAUCACUUUGAGUCAGCAAACGGAGCAUUGCAGUGUGCACUUUGCUAUAUAAGUGAUAAUCACUGAUAUGCAACUAUGGACAGCGCAGCAGCAUUACAGCACUAUAAUGUAUCUACAGAACUCAACGCAGGCAGUGAGUUGAAGGGAAAUUGAUUUCUGUGUGUGUGUAAAGGGACCAAUAAGAUACACUGAAACUGUGAAAACGAAUGCAAUCAUUUUCUUAAAGUGAUAUUUUUGUUCUUUAAAAAAUAUAACCUCUAUAUGCAGCGUGAGGUUUAGUGCUGUGAUUGAAUGUUUUUGCUCAUUUACAUACACAGUUCUUUGGAGACAGUCCUGUAAAAACCAACAAUACAAGUGACACAAUGUAGCUGUCUUUUGAGACAACAUGCAAAUCCACUUAGCUCACUUGAAAAGCAUGGCUGAAUUCAAACUCAGUGGUUCAUGAAGUUGAGAAAAAAAAGUGAAUUAUGUUGCAUGUGUACAAUAUGCAAACACUUUGCAAUGGUAUGGAGGUUUGUGACAAUGUAGAGCUGCAAAUCAAAAUAAAAGACUUUAUCUGUAUCAUAACUUAAA